AUGUCGUGGAAGGCCUCGGAGCGCUUGAUGGACACCAUCAGACACUAUGCAAACUUCCCGGCAACAGGAGUCAGCUUGAGGCAAAUGGUCCAGUUUGGCGAGAAGCCUUCGACAGGGACUCUGUUUCGCGCCUCCCAAUUUCUCGCCGAAGAAUUACCAAUUCGCCUUGCACAUCGAGUUCAAGAACUCCAUACGUUACCAGAUGGACUCAAUGAUAUGCCUUCAGUCAAGAAGGUUGCUGACUGGUAUGCGCAGUCAUUUGAGGAAAUUACCACUUUACCACGACCCGAGCUCUCCGGACAGGUACGGGAAAGACUCUUGAGACCCAGCAGCUUUAACAAUAAUGGCGUGGCAAAAAUGUUAUCCGAGGCCAUCCCAAACCCCAGUCUCGACGAAGGUCAAUACGCUUCGUUCAAUAAUGGCAACGGCAGCAGCGCCGGCAGAAAACAACAAGCCGCAAGACGAUAUUUUGCCAUGGUGGACGAUUCCAAUGAUUGGCCACCGGAUUUGAAGGCCUACAACCAAAAGUUCUCCCAGACAUUGAAAACGAUCAAGAGGAGACACGACGGUGUCGUUACGACGAUGGCGCAGGGUAUUCUAGAGUAUAAGCGGAAACGGCAACGCAUGCAGAUUGACCACAACAUUCAGUCCUUCCUCGACCGGUUUUACAUGUCCCGUAUCGGUAUUCGUAUGCUCAUUGGACAACAUAUCGCCCUUACAGACCAGAGUCACCACCGAGACCCGACAUAUGUUGGAAUCAUCUGUACCAAGACAAAUGUCCGGGACUUGGCUGAAGAGGCUAUCGAGAAUGCCCGAUUUGUAUGCGAGGAUCACUACGGCCUGUUUGAAGCGCCAAAGAUCCAGCUUGUCUGCAACCCGAACCUCAACUUCAUGUACGUGCCUGGCCACUUGUCGCACAUGCUCUUCGAAACAUUGAAGAACUCCCUGCGCGCUGUCGUCGAAACGCAUGGCCAGGACAAGCAAGAAUUUCCCGUGACAAAGGUCAUCAUUGCUGAGGGCCGAGAGGAUAUCACCAUCAAGAUUUCGGACGAGGGCGGUGGUAUUCCCCGAAGUGCCAUACCGCUGGUCUGGACCUACAUGUAUACCACUGUUGACCGGACGCCAAAUCUUGAUCCAGACUUUGACAAGAGCGAUUUCAAGGCGCCAAUGGCUGGUUUCGGAUAUGGAUUGCCGAUUUCGAGACUGUACGCGCGUUAUUUUGGUGGUGAUUUGAAGCUGAUUUCCAUGGAAGGCUAUGGCACGGAUGUAUAUCUACAUCUAAACCGUCUAUCGAGCUCAUCGGAGCCUCUACAAUAG